AUGGAAGGCAGCUCUGUGCAAGUACACGCAGAGUACACAGAUCGCGACUUCAACAACAACAGAACUCAAAGUACUUCUCUCGAGAUCAAUCUACAGACCCUCAAAGUUUUUACAGGCGCUACUGGCAAUAAUAAUGCGACCGACGAUGAUAUUACCAUGUCAGGACUCAACUAUCCUAUGAGCUGGACCACAAACAACCCAAUCACCCAUAUGAAGCCAAGUACGCACUCAUCUAUCAACACAGGCCAGAUCCAGCAGCAAGCUGAUCUGGCACGCAUGCAACAACCAACUAUUCGGGCUCUGCAGUCCGCCACAGACAAAGCUAUUAAUAAGAGCAAAGAAGUCGCAAACGAAGUCUUCAUAGGACCAAGGUUUGCAAAUGAGCGAAGGACUAUGAGAAGAAUCUCCAGUGCUCAAGCUGGUAAUUCGAACAGUCAGAAUUCUUCCAAAAAGAAGCAUAAACAAGCAGAAAAAAACCUCACCGCUGUCAAUACCACGAACGCAAAGCCGAAGAGAACAAAGAAGAAGAAGAAUGGCCAUACCACCUUCCAGGCCAACCCAGUCGACGGCUCAGUUAACAAAGUUAAGAAGAGAAAGCCAAUGAAAGGAGAGAAAGAGCAGCAUAUGCUAUAUUUGAUGGAACGUCGCAAGUUCGAGGAUGGAAGAAAGCUUGCUGAUGCCAAUCUGGCCGCCAGGGCAGAUGCUGAUCAGAAGGCAGUUGUUUUGAGAACUGCGCCAGAAUCAAGGCAGUGGAAUGAAAUGUACGAGCAGGAAUACCAGGCACGUACUAUCAGACUGAGGGAACGGCAAAUCAGAGAUGAAAAGGCGUUGAUGUCGGCAUUGAAUGGCUUGUCUAUUGGUGAAGCAAAAGAUGCGAAUGAUGAUUAG